AUGAGAGCUGCUGUGCUUGCACUGACCAUAGCCCUUGUGGCGAGUCAACAGGCUAGCCUUGUACCUGAAUUUGGUGCUGGUAGGACCUACGUGUACAGGUAUGAUGCUCUGGUCUUGGGUGGUCUGCCUGAAGAGGGCCUGGCCAGAACUGGAGUGAAAGUCAACAGCAAGGUCCUCAUCAGUGCUGUGGCUGAGAAUGUCUACCUGCUGAAGCUCAUGGAUCCUCAGAUCUACGAAUACAGCGGCAUCUGGCCCAGGGAUCCUUUCAUCCCUGCUGCAAAGCUCACCACAGCACUGGCUGCUCAGCUACUUAUGCCCAUCAAGUUUGAGUAUGCUAAUGGUGUGGUAGGCAGAGUGUUUGCCCCAGCCGGAGUCUCUGCCACAGUCCUCAAUUUACACAGAGGUAUCCUAAACAUCCUUCAACUCAACCUCAAGAGGACCCAGAAUGUCUACGAACUGCAGGAGGCUGGAGUUCAGGGAAUAUGUAAGACCCACUAUGUGAUCAGUGAAGACGCAAAGGCACAGCACAUUGUUGUUACCAAGUCCAAAGAUUUGACCGACUGCCAGGAGAGAAUCAUCAAAGACAUUGGCUUGGCAUAUCUAGAGAAAUGUUCUGAGUGCCAGAAGAAAGGAAAGAGCCUGACAGGAACUGCAACCUACAACUAUGUAAUGAAGCCCACUGCAACUGGUGCUCUAAUCACUGAAGCUACUGUUGAAGAACUUCAUCAAUUUGCACCUUUCAAUGCUGCUAAUGGAGCUGCCCAGAUGGAGGCCAAACAAACCUUGGCCUUUGUUGAGAUCGAUAAGACCCCUAUUUUACCCAUCAAGGCUGAUUAUCUGGCUCGUGGAUCCCUCCAGUAUGAAUUUGCCACUGAGAUUCUGCAAACUCCAAUUCAGCUCCUCAGGAUUAGCAAUGCACAAGCUCAGAUUGUGGAGAUUCUGCAACAUCUUGUUGCCCACAAUGUGGAUCAGGUCCAUGACGAUGCUCCUCUGAAAUUCAUUCAACUUAUUCAAUUAUUCCGUGUUUCCACCAUUGAGAAUGCUAAGGCCAUUUGGGAUCAGUUCAAGAACAAACCAGCUUACAGGCACUGGAUUCUGGAUGCCAUCCCUGCUGUUGGAAACUCAGCCGCUUUGACGUUCAUCAAGGAAAAAUUCCUGGCUGGUGAGCUCACCACUGCGGAGUUUGCUCAGGCCCUCCUCGCGUCUGUGCACAUGGUCGUCGCUGAUCGAGAUGCUGUUCAUCUCUAUUCUAACCUGGCCCUGCACCAUAAAAUAAAGGAAUACCCAGUUCUGCGUGAAGCUGCCAUGCUAGGAUAUGGUACAAUGAUUGCCAAGUAUUGUGCUGCAGUUCCGACCUGUCCUGCUGAGCUUCUGAGGCCCAUCCAUGAAAUUGCUGCAGAAGCAAUUGCGAAGGCUGACAUUCCUCAAAUCACCCUUGCUCUCAAAGCUCUGGGCAAUGCAGGCCAUCCUGCCAGUUUAAAGACAAUUCAGAAGAUUCUACCUGGGUUUGGAUCUGCGGCUGCUACAUUGCCUGUCAGGGUCCACAUUGAUGCCAUUUUGGCUCUGAGGGCCAUUGCUAAAAAGGAACCCAGACAGAUCCAAGAUGUGGCCCUGCAACUCUUCAUGGACAAGGCUCUCCACCCAGAAGUGCGCAUGGUCUCCUAUAUUGCUCUCUUUGAAACCAAGCCUUCAGUGGCUCUUCUUAACACUGUUGCUGGGGCCUUGAAGAAGGAGACCAAUAUGCAGCUGGUGAGCUUUGUCCACUCUUACAUGAAGUCCAUGACCAGGAGCAUUGCCCCAGACAUGGCACCUGUGGGUGCUGCUUGCAAUUUGGCCAUCAAGACCUUAAGCCCCAAACUGGACAGACUGAACAUGUUUUACAGCAAAGCCUUCUAUCUGGAUACCUAUCUGACUCCCUUCAUGGCUGGUGCAGCUGGAGGUGCUUUCCUCAUCAAUGAUGCUGCCACCAUCUUGCCCCGAGCUGUUGUGGCCAAAGCUCGUGCAUACCUUGCUGGAGCCGCUGCAGAUGUUCUUGAGGUUGGUGUGAGAACAGAAGGUCUUCAGGAAGCUCUUCUGAAAAGUCCUGCCGCUGAUGUCAACGCUGACAGAAUCACAAGGAUGAGACAUACACUGAAAGCUUUGACAGACUGGGAGGCAUUGCCCAAAAAUGAGCCACUGGGAUCCAUUUAUAUCAAAUUCUUUGGACAAGAGGUGGCUUUUGCAAACAUUGACAAAACCAUCGUUGAACAGGCAAAACAGCUUGCCAUUGGAGUCCAUGCACACGAAAAAUUGAGGAAUGCCCUGACAGCACUUCAGUCUGGAGUAGCCUUCCACUAUGCUAAGCCUAUGCUGGCAGGUGAAGUUCGGCGCAUCUUGCCUACAGCUGCUGGUCUGCCCAUGGAGUUGAGCACAUAUACUGCUGCUGUUGCUGCUGCCACCGUCAAUGUUCAGGCAGUUAUGAAUCCACCCCUCCCAGAAAAAAUCCACUUUGAUCAGCUGCUGAAAACAGAUAUUCAACUACAGGCUGAAGUCAAACCAAGUGCUGUCCUGCAGACAUUUGCUGUAAUGGGAGUGAAUACUGCCUUGAUUCAGGCUGCUCUUAUGGCUAGAGGAAAAAUCUUUGGUAUUGUGCCUGCAAAAUUCUCCGCUAGAGCCAAUUUUCCCAAAGGCAACUUCAAGUUUGAAGCCCUGCCCGUUACAACACCUGACCAUGUUGCAGCUGUGCGCUAUGAGACUUUUGCUGUGGCCAGGAACAUUGAAGAUGUUGCUGCUGAGAGGAUCACACCUAUAAUACCUGCAGUAGCAGAAGAGCAAACACAACAACAGUCUAAUGAGAUUUUCAACUCCCAAAUGUCAGGCUCCUAUAUGAGAGUUGCAGCUCCGAUUCGCAAGAACUUGUGCGGUACUAUUCCAUAUAUGGGUAUCAAGGCAUGCCUUGAGGCCACCACAAGCAACACAGGCAUCAUCCGGAAAGCUCCCUACCUCAACCUGUUUGGACAGCAUGUAGCUUUUGUUUCAGUGUUACCAGCUGAAGGUCCAGCCGUGGAGAGAGUGGAGAUUGAGAUACAAACUGGCCCCAAGGCGGCUGAGAAGCUCUUAAGACGAAUCAACAUUGCUGAGGAGGGCAUACCAGAGGCAAAAACCAUCUUGAUGAAACUUAGGGAGAUUGUGGAGGCUGGCCUGAGGAACAACACCUACAGCUCAAGCAGUUCCUCUAGUUCUUCCCAAGCUAGGAAUGAAGAUCAAGCUAUUAGCAUAAGCAGCUCACAGAGCUCCUCCAGCUCCUCUAGCUCCCAGAUGGUUGAGGAUGAGGUCUACAAGUACCCUUUCAAGAAAUUCCAUAAGAAUCAGUACCUACAGUCUGUGGGAAUCUCCAGGGCUAGGAGCAGUGGAAGUAGAGCAGCAAGCAUUGAGGCUAUUCAGAGACAGAACCAGUACCUUGGAGAUACCAUUCCUCCUUCCUUUGCCAUUAUCUUCCGCAUUGUGAGAACUGACCGCACAGUGUUUGGAUACCAGGUUGCAGGCUACAUGGACAAGGCUAUUAAAAGAGUACAGGUCAUCCUGUCCUCUCUUGCUGCAAAUGACAACUGGAGGAUGAGCAUCGAUGGUGUCCUUCUGAGCAAGUACAAAGUCGCUGCCAAUGUUGCCUGGGGUGCUGAUGGUAAGGAAUACGGUGCAGUCAUCAAGGCUGAGACUGGAAUCCUUGGCCCAAGCCCUGCUGUUCGUGUGGAGCUGGAGUGGCUGAAACUUCCCACACUUGUUACCACCUAUGCAAAGAGGCUGACUGAAUAUAUCCCUCGAGGAGCUGCCAUGGGUGGAUUCACUGUGGCUAAAGCCGCAAACAGUGAGAGACAGAUCGAGUUCUCUGUGGCUUUACCCACCAAGGAGACCAUUGAUAUCAUUCUGAGGAUCCCACGGAUGACAAUAUCCAAACUGGGCGUGUCUCUCCCAUUUGCCCUGCCUAUUGAAAGAGAUGGUAGUCUACCUGAGGACAUUGUUGACUCAGUCCAAAACAUGCUAUAUGAAGCCACCUCAGCUCAGUGCAGCAUGAUCAAAAACAAGAUGACCACAUUCAAUCACAGAAGGUACAAGAGUGAUGUACCGCUUUCCUGCUACCAAGUAUUGGCUCAGGAUUGUACUCCAGAGCUUAAAUUCAUGGUUCUGAUGAAGAAGGAUGAGCUUUCUGAACAAGAUCACAUCAAUGUGAAGAUUUCUGACAUCGACGUUGACCUUUAUCCCAUGGGCAGUGAAGUGCUGGUGAAAGUUAACGGAGUGGAAGUUCCUGCUUCCAAUCUCCCAUACCAACAUCCCUCAGGCACAGUUUGGAUCAAACAGAAAACUGGUGCUCUGUCACUCUAUGCUCCCAGCCAUGGUCUUCAGGAAGUGCAGUAUUCCAAAGAUGGAUGGAAGAUUCAAGUUGUGGACUGGAUGAAAGGACAGACUUGUGGAGUCUGUGGAAAAGCUGAUGGUGAAAUCAGACAGGAGUUCCGCACACCAAGUGGUUACCUGACCAAGAGCCCAGUUAGCUUUGCACACUCCUGGGUGCUUCCUGCCGAAAGCUGUCGUGACGCAAACCAGUGUCGCAUGAGGCUUGAAUCUGUGAAGCUGGAGAAGCAGAUGAUUGUGGAUGGCCAGGAAUCUAAAUGCUACUCUGUGGAGCCUGUGCUGCGUUGCCUGCCUGGAUGUUACCCAGUGAGGACCAGUCUUGUCAAUGUUGGAUACCACUGCUUACCUACUGACUCCAACUUGAAUCAAUCUGAGGGUUUUAACAGCGCCUACAAGAAGAGUGUUGACCUGAGAGAUACUGCAGAAGCUCAUGUGGCCUGUCGCUGCACUGAGCAAUGUACUUGA